UAUAUCCGUUUUACAGUAUCUUACAGUAUAUAAUGUCUUUUUCAAAUUGUUUUAUUAGAAGUUUCUGGCUGGGUAAAACGUUACAAACUGAAGAAUUAUCUAAUAUUAUUACACGAAAAGAAGAAAUUAGGACUGCUUUGAACAAAUGGCAAAGUUGUUUAAAUCUCCGUGUUAGACAGUUAUUAGAAAAUAAUAGUUUGAACAAGUAUUCGUUGGAUUGUAAUAUUCCGAUAGAAAAAGGUUUACUUAAAGAAAACGCGUUUAUAGGGGUACGGAAUAUUAAUGUUCCUUAUGAUACUUUAGAAGCAGAACCUUUCACUGCAGCAUCAAGUAAAAUUAAAAUCCUUGCGUAUCAAAUUUCACAAUUUUUCGAUUCUAAUAUUACAUCAACGAAUGAUUUUUUUAAGUUGUAUAAUGAUGAAUUGGGGUGGUGUGGAAACAGUGACAUAUUUAGAAGAUGUGUUGAACUGUAUCUUGAAAAAGACUAUUUAUCAGUUAUGUUAAUAGUAAUAUCGAAUUUGGAACGGUUAUUGGGAGAUAUAAUUUAUUCAUUACAUGAUGAUACAUCUAUUAUACCUUUACUUAUUCGUGAUUUGCUUAUUGCUCCAUCUCUUGUUUUAUUAUUGGGAGAAGAGAUGAUUUUUUUCCUUAGAUGUAUCAUUGGACCGCCAAAUUCUAUGAACCUAAGGAAUGUACUUUGGCAUGGUUUUAUUAGCCCUCAUGAAUUUUUAAAAGUACCGGUCAAAUGGUAUUGCGCACUCAUAUUAAUUAUCACUAUGAGUAUUUGUAAUAUAGUAAGACACAAGGGCGUAAUUGGCUUAUUGAAGAAAAGAAAUAAUGUGAACUUUAAGAGAUUUUAUUAUUUGACUGACAACGCUGACGAUAGGAAUGCUUAUAUUUCAACCGAGAAAAAUUUUGAUGAAUUAUAUGAAUGCGUAAUGUACGGACAUGCAUCCCCUCCACAAUAUCCUCAUCAUAUGAUUCUGGAAUUUCUACUUUUUAAAAAUUUUUUUGUAAUCCCACGAACUUAUCCAACCUGGUUGUGCUCAUUCCGUUAUUUAUCUAAUAAUCAAGUUCUAUUGUUUUUCGUCCUUGCGUUACCACUUCUUGAACAUUGCCUAAGAAGAAUUUAUGUUUGUGUAAACAAAGAUGUGCAAGAACAUCGAAUGUGUACAGUGGAAACUGGUGAAUAUUUUUUGACACUAGAUAUUAUCUUAGGGGAAAAGGUUGCAUGGGCCUUUUGUGGAAUUAAAGAAGAGAAACAAGAAGAAGAGCAAAUAAAUGAAAUUUAUUCAGAACUCGGAGGUGGUAUAAUGGUAUGUAGUGAACUAAUACUUAUUAAUUUGAAUUUACAAAUUUUACUGUAUAAUCUAAGUUUUUUUCACUUGUAAUAAUGAAGGAUUUACUUCUUGAUCUAUUUGUUCAUGUUGAUGGACCUAGGUUAAGAGAUCGAGUAGCUCAU